UUGAGAGAGGGGCCACUGCGAAGGCGCCGCACGCCCCGCUCCACCCAGCCCUCCCACCUCCCCGAGUGUUUCUAUAGUAAUUUCCAGCCAAUGAUCAGUAGGUGUCCACAUCCACGCUGCCUCACCUCGGCGCCAAUCAGCCACACACAGCGACAGGAGACACGGACGGAGCAGAGACACAAUACACCGCCGCCGGAAUCGGGAGAGGAGGAAACAGCGCGCCACCUCUGAGAUCGCGCCCUUCUUUUUAUUAUCCCUCCUCCUUCCACACCUUUUGGCUUAUUAAUGCACUUUCCGGUCUUGUGGCAGCGUGACAGGAAAGUGGAUAUGAAAUGAUUCUUUUGUUUUGAGCGCUCCGAAGACGCACACGCGCGCGCGCGCACACCCAGGCGCAGGGUCGCCGCGCUCUCCUCGGGCAGCUUGUCUGUGCGUCUUCGCGCAUCUUUGCGUUUUAUCAGCCUCACGCAUCGCCUCGCAGUAAUGUGCCGUUACACGGUCGCGGGCUGGUAGCAUCUUGGGAGCCCCUCUCGACAGGAACCUGCCCAGAAGAAGAGAAACCAGGAUGGUAGCCCAUUGUUGGUAGCCAGCUUCAGUUUGACGAAGACCCCUUUGACUUCCUUUUCCUCUUUUUAAACACUGACGAGUCCUCUUCAGCCAUGUCCAACAUAAACACUGCACUUUGCAUAGAGAACGGACAGAAUGCAGAUGUGUCUCUCUUGCAAAAGGGUAAUCUUCAGGAUGGUGGAUUAAGCCAGCUUUUGGAUUAUAACGCUGAAAUGGAAAGGUACAGGUCUUUUGCGAACUUUUAUAAAACCAAUGGGGCAUUUCCUCAGACUGCUAAAAUUGCCCGUAUCACAACACCCAUCUUUCCCAGUGCCAGAAUCGGUAUGUCCCCAUGGAACUGUGAUAACGCCAUGCUCUGGGGAAGGAAAUCAGCAGCAAUAAACCCUAAUAGGACCACCAUGCAUAGAAAUGACUCCCAGAGAACGGGGAAACCUGGCGUACCGCCAGAGACGCUGCAAAUGGCAAAUAAUAAUUUCCUCUCUACCUUAUCCCCUGAACACUGCAGACCUUUAGCAGGAGAAUGCAUGAACAAGCUGAAAUGCGGCACUGCUGAAGCAGAGAUAAUGAAUCUCCCUGAACGCGUUGGAACUUUUUCCGCUAUUCCGGCUUUAGGGGGCAUCUCAUUACCUCCCGGGGUCAUCGUCAUGACAGCCCUUCACUCCCCCGCAGCCUCAGCAGCCGUUACAGACAGUGCGUUUCAAAUUGCCAAUCUGGCAGACUGCCCACAGAAUAAUUCCUCAGCAUCCAGUGGAAACCCAGCGAAAAAGAAAAGGAAAAGGUGUGGGGUGUGUGCACCCUGCAGGCGGCUAAUCAACUGCGGCGUCUGCAGCAGUUGUCGGAACCGCAAAACCGGUCACCAGAUCUGCAAGUUUAGGAAAUGCGAGGAGCUGAAGAAGAAACCAGGCUCAUCGCUGGAGAGGACGCCUGUGAACAAUGGCGAGGCUUUCCGAUGGUUCUUUUAGGAGAAGCUCUUGCAGCCUCAUCCAGCAGGAGGGCAGGUGGCACUCUAGACUUUCUGCCAGGAGCCCCUGACGGAUCCACAGAAUUUAAGUCGCCCACCAUUUCUAGAGAGGACGCGAGAAGGAAAGGAGGACAAAAAGAGGAACAAAAACAUAACAGUGUUGUUUUGACUGUAAUUUCCUUUUUGUGUAAUUAUUGUACCUUUCAACAGUAUCAUUAUGUAUAUUUUUGGUGUCUAUGAAUGUGUUUUCAGUGUUACGGCUGUAGAUUUUACAGCCCAACCUAUGUAAAGGACUUAAACAGACAAUCAGCCUCAAUGAAUCCGUCGAACAGAAGAGGCUAUGAGGAUUGAUGAUCUGAGAAUCCCAACACAUCACUCUGGAGCAAUAAUCUGUUAAUUAUCCUAGACCAGUCAUUUCUUUUUUUACUUUUAGUAAUUCCACCAAAUUGACUCAUUCUUGCAGUUUUGUCUUUUAUUCCUUGAAAUAGAAUCUAACAGGUUCGUUGAUGGAGUUUCCUCGAAGCAUGAUGGGAUUGUUGAUUUGUCUUCUCAUCCGUGUCCACUCACUGCAGAAUAGGACAUACUGUCUUCUCGUGCGGAGGGCCACCCCUUUCGUAAGCUUGAAUUGAAUCACAUUUGAUUGCACCAGAUGUUUUGUGCUGCCUGCAGGUCACAACCGUCCAACAAACAGGUUUCAACCAAACUACGAAGCUUUUCUCAGUCUCUGUCAUGAAAAGUUCUCAAAAGGUUGGGGAAAAUAUGAGUGAGGUGAAAAAUGCUAAAAUGUAGAUUUACCAGCUGAACAGUAGACAUAUCUGACAUGUCAAAUGUGGCUCUGCAGGUAAAGGAUAGUUUUCUGUUGCUAUCGUACGCAGCAAUUUUCUCACCUGCAAAAUGAUCUCAAUAAAUUCCAGUAACAAAAUUGAUCACAGUUACUCAUUGUCCAAAACCCUGUUGUUGCAUGUGUAAAUGUGUUUUGAUUUUAAUGAUUAUUAAGAAUUUUUAUAAUGUUGUUGUGAUGCGUUUAUGUGUUCAAAUAAACAAGUAAAAGAUA